AUGAUCAUGAUUUCACACCAACCUCUUUUCAAAUGGAAAGAUACAUCUCUUACUCUAAAAGAAUAUUUGUCUUUCUUUAAAACAUUAUUUGCCAAUUCCAUAAUUAUCCCAAAAGAUCCUCCAUUGAGUCAUCAAUCAACAUCAAUGACAACACGUUCAUAUGCUCGCAUAGGUUUAAUGGGCAACCCAUCCGAUGGUUUUUAUGGGAAAACAAUUUCUUUAUUAAUUUCUAAUUUUUUUGCAGAAAUUACACUAAUUUCCAAUAAAUUUACUCAUGCACAAGAAUAUUCCAAAAUCGAAUUUUUUCAUUCUAUAAUGACCACUACAUUUUUAUUCCAAUCGAUUGAAUUUUUAUCAAUAUUAUCAUUCAUAGAAGGUUAUACGAAUGCUAAUAGAUUAUUCCAACCAACCUGCAAAGUAUUCUUUGUAUAUUGGAAAAAUAAUAAUCUAUUACUUAAUAAACAAAGCUUUAGAUUAUUUUAUGAAAUAAAUAUACCACGACAAGUUGGACUAUCAGGAUCUUCUGCCAUAAUCACUGCUUUAUGGAAAGCAUUUGAUGAAAUUUUAUAG